AUGGCACCACGCAAGAAGACCGAGGAGAAGGCUUCGGCUAAUGAGGCGGCGGAUAUGGUUCUGCACUAUUUGCGCAAGCAGAAUCGACCAUACUCGGCGAUUGAUGUUUCUGCGAACCUGCAUAACAAGGUCACGAAAGCCGCCGCAGCAAAAGUCCUCAAGGACCUCCACGAGCAGAAGCAAAUCGAAGGCCGCCCAGCUGGUACCUUCCCACCCACCCACCCAUCCUCUCCCCCUCACUCCACUAACCCCCACACCCAAGGACCCCCUUCCGACUCCUGCACCCCCGAGCAACUCUCCGCCCUCGACACCCUCACCACCGACCUGCGCAACAAAACCGUGCACCUCACCAGCACCGCCAAGACCCUACGCUCCUCCCUGUCAUCACUCAAUUCGUCGCUCAGCACCGUGGACCUCGUGUCCAGCGUGCACGCGCUCGAGGCCGAGAAGGCGGAGAUCCUGGCGCGCUUGCAGAGCCUGAAGGAGGGCAGGGCGAAGAAGGUGACGAAGGAGCAGCGGGAGGAAGUUGAGAGGGAGUGGAAGAGGGCGUGUGCGGUGGCGAAGAGGAGGGAGAGGGUGUGUGGGGAGGUUUGGGGGUAUAUUGAGGAUCAGGUGCCGGAUAAGGAGGCGCGGGGGGAGUUGAGGGAGGGGUUGGGGCUGGAUGAGUAG